AUGGAGAAUCUUCCAGACUUCCCUAGUCCUACAGGUCUACCAACGCAGAAGCGCUACAUAACUACGCAUGAUGCCACCGGCCGCAGUGUGUUUGCGAAUGAGAUUGACCCGACCGCUGUGUACGAACGCGUGAACCCGAAAUUGGACUUCUUUCUCGCGUACGCCAACACUACUUUCCCGGCCGAGAUGAAUGACGACUUCGACAUUGCCAAGUACAAGGGGCUUUUCGCAGGUCCACAGCCUCCCAUCUCCAUACCGGGAGGAACGGUGCUGCGCGUCUGCAACUUCGCGCCAGGGUCGGUCACGCCGAUGCACCGAACGCUGAGCCUCGACUACGGAAUUGUCAUCGCGGGACAAGUGGAAUUGGUGCUGGACUCGGGAGAGACAAAGUUGCUCGAGCCCGGUGAUAUUGCUGUGCAGCGCGGAACCAUGCAUGCCUGGCGCACGCCACAUGGGAAUACUUGGUCAAGAAUGGUCUUCAUUCUGCAGGAAGGGAACGCGCUGGAACUGGACGGACAGGCAUUGGAGGAAGAUUAUGGGGGUUUAGAUUUGGUUCCGGGAAAGGACUUUCGUCGCCAAGAGGGCAAGUAG